GUGUGUCCAGGAUUUGAGCUUCUGGAAACAGUGCCAAUCUAUUUUUGUAAACAAUCGAUAUCACGAGAACGAUGGAAAACACAUUGAAAGACACCGGUGAAAUCCAUGCCCGACUACUGGACCAUAGACCAGUAAUUCAAGGCGAAAUCAGGUACUUCAUCAAGGAAUUUGAAAGCAGACGUAGCAACCGAGAAAUGAAGAGGUUAAAAAAAAUCCAAGAGCACACCAAUGAUAUAAACGACAGAGUACUCCCACAAUGUGAAGAUUUCAUGGAGACACAUUUGAAUUGUAUGCAAGAAACUAUGCUUGGAACAAUUAAAAUGUGUGAGAGAAUUGCUACUGCUGAAGAACGGAGCAUGCAGUUAGGAGGUCAACAGGAAUCAUUGAAAGAAAAUCGAAUGAGGCGUGAUAAGGAAUGGAAAGCAUUUACUGAAAAGCUUUCAGAAGAACAAGCAGCAAUAGACACAAAGCACCAAAUACGGGUAAAUGAGUUGGAAGAUCAGUAUAGUAAAAUGAAGAUUCUGAUAAGUAAAUGAAGAUUACACAUAAUUAAAUUUUAUUUUAAAAAAAACACUGUCUUUUAUUGGCUCAACUCAACCUUGUGGUGCUCAAAAUCAAAAGACCAUAGCCAAUCAUAUCCACCAAGUGGCUAAAUGCAGAAAGUGAAUUAUAGCAGAUGGUAUUUUUAGAAAUUAUAAUUAUGGGUAAAUUACUUCUGUUUGUUAUUUAACAUCAACGAUCACUUAAGAACAACCGCUAUCUACUUUUUGCCAUAAAGAUGUUUCAAGCACAGAUUUAAAGUUUAGAGAAUAGCUGGGGUAACACCUGUAAAACUGGGUGAAACAUAACAAUGUUCUUUAAUAUUUUAUUGUUUAAUUGGAAGAAUUUAAUAAUUGCCUUUUGUGCUCAUCAGCAUGAAUUAGAUUAGAUAAAUUGAGGUAAUCUAAGACUAUAAAAUGGUGAACAUUUUAUUUGUGGCUUUUGCCAAGUAUUAUCAGUACUCAGAACGAGUGGAGUUAAAUACUAGCUUGGUGGUUAAGGCACUUGUCCUCAAAUCCCAGGGUCCUGGGUUCAACUCCUGUCAUAGUGUCACAGUAACAAGAUAUUUUCUCAUGACCAAAACAACUCCACUCCCUAAGCCUCAUAAGGAGACUUAAUUUAUGUAGAGCAUCUUGUGUUUAUGCUGGACUUGUGAAGGGAUAUGCCACUUUGAAUAGUGAUUAAGUUCACUGCUUGUCAUACCUUAGCCUUCCACCUAAACUAAUUAUUAAAAAAAAAAACAAUAAAAGUAGGCCUACUGUGAUUUCCAUCAUGUGAAAUAGUCUUGCAACCAUCAACUGCUGGUUGGAUGCAAGACUAUUUCACAUUCAACCAGCAGUUGAUGGUUGCAUUGCUUCAAUGUGAUAUCUGAUGUAGUAGAACCCCAAUAAAGGGAAUUUCAGGACCAAAAUUAAUAGGUGUUCCCUGAAUAGGGUUGGCCACAGUGUUAAAAAAAUAUAAUUUCCCUUGUUUUGUGGCCGAAGAAGUGUCCCCUUAAUAAGGGUUUCCCAAAGGAGAUGUUCUACUGUAUCCGAUGAAAUCUGGAAAACCCCUUGAAAUUCAAUUGAAAUUAAUUUAUUUCUCAUUAAAAUGAUUAAAAUAAAUAUAUCAAAUUCCAAUGAGACAUAUCAAAACACUCCAGUUUUAAUUGAUAGUGUAUUUAGAAAUGUAAAUAAUUAUCAUAGAUAUAAUAAUUUAUUUAUUUGGGAACAUUUGCUAACAGAUAAGGGCUUUAUGAUAAUAAAUCUGUUACACACAGAAACAUAUGAUGAGGGUUAUGGGUGCAAAAUCAAUCACUCCACUCCCCAAACCCCUGUUUAUACUAUUUGGCAAAUGACAAAUUACUGUGAUUUGCCCAUGUAGUGAAUUAAUUUGGGAGUGAUAUGUCAUUAUUAUUUGUACAGUAUUGUGAAACAGAGGUCAAAGAAAAUACUGAUUGUUUAAAGUUUAUAGACUUUAUUUUCAUCAUUUAAGUUGUCAGUCGUAAAAAAAUAUAUCUACUCAGAAAUUUUUUGCCUGCAGUGAAUAAUUUAAUAUUCAAAGAACAUAGAAUUUUUAUUGGUGACUAUCAUGUGAAAAAAAUACUGCCACUAUUAGUAAAGCUUAAGUGCAAUUUCUACCAUAAUGCAGUAUCAAUCUAGGCCUACUGUACCUUUAAAAUAAUUGCCCAUCGACACACCCAUAACUGACAGUAGUUAACAUCAAUAAUAAUGGUGUAACUUCCUUCAUUGGAAGACUUUUAAAUAUAGUUAAAAUUAAAUUGUGGUCUUUCCCACCACCGUUUCAAUGUUUUUACAGUACUUAUACUUAUAGACAAACAAUAAACUCUACAGACUGUAAAAUGAGGCUGAUCAAAUAAAGCAUACAGUAUUUAUUAUUCUGAUUGACCCUGGUACUAACAACUC